UUUGCCUCUCUCGCUCUCUGUCCAUCACAACCAUCAUCCCCUCACCCUUCACUCGUUUGGGAGAUUUUCGUGGUGUCCACCUUUUUUCCAUUCUUCUUUCUUUUUUCACUUUUCUCCUCAUCUUCUUCUCAUCUCUACAACAACAACUUUAAAAUCAAAUCAAAUCAAAUCAAAUCAAUCUCUCACAUCAUUAAUCAUUAUUAUCUUAUCAUCAUCCGAUCUUGAACACUCCCAGAAUCUGUUCUCUCUUAUUUUCUCUCCCUUUCCCACAUAUUCUUGUUUGGCUUCUGGUCUUCUUUUUUUAGGUAUAAACAUCAAUAAAGUUGAGAAAAAAGAGGGAAAUUUUGUGGAAUGCCAUUACCAAUUGAAGGAGAAGUUGCUUCUCCUUGUUUAUCUUCAACGUCUCUCCGAAAAGGCAAAGAAACCAUCUCUUCAUAUUAACUGUUUCCUCCUUUAUUGUGUCAAUACCUUAUAAGAGCUAGCCCAGUUGAAUUGCAUUUGCAGCUUCCACCAUGGCAAUGAAAAUCAAAGGGAUCUGCAAAGGAUUCAAAUACAUCUCCCAAAUCUUUGUUGUGAAGGAGCGUGAGAUGGAAAUUGGAUACCCAACAGAUGUUAAGCAUGUUGCACAUAUUGGCUGGGAUGGCCACUCUGGUAGUGCACCCAGUUGGAUGAAUGAAUUCAGGACAGACCCUGAUUUCGCGACAACAUCUAUUGGUAAUGUUAACGAAACAAGAGGUCCCGGUUCUGCUCUCUCCACAUGGUCAUCUCAGGAUUUCGACCAAAUGGAACGACAACCAGUUUUUGAGACGUCCAAAGACAUGCUACCUACAGAUCUUCCCAAUAUUCCAAAGAAACAGAAGCGGAAAAAGACCAAGUCAAGUAAUUCUUCCCCUAAGUCUUCCUCUUCCACGUCAAGAUCGUCACGAUCAGCAAAAUCGAAGGCUAAAUUUGCUGAGACCACCCGACAUACAAAUUUAGAAGUGGUGUAGGAUUAUAAAGUUGGAGCCAGGAUAGAAGAAUCUUCAAUGAGCAUUGCAGAAGAAUUUUCAAUGCGCAUAUCAAGAUCAUGAUGUUCGAUGAGGAUGCAGGAAGUUGAGAGAUGAUGUGUAAAUUUAGAAGAACAGGCCAUGGUAUUUAAGUGAGACAAAAGUUGUAACCUGUUCAAGUGACAAUGGGUAGGGAACAUGCAAUUCUUUUUUUCCUUUUGGGAUUCAUGACAGUUAUCAAACAUGUAAAAAUAUGCAUCAUUUAGUUGUGUUGUUGAUUGAAAUGAUUUGUUCUUGCA